AUGCCCAACGCACCACAAAAAACUGAUUUUGAGCUUGGUCAACUCCGUGAUGGGUACCCCGCGCUCGCGAGCUGGAUUGCCCAGGAUCCCGAUAACGAGACAUUCAUUUUCAGAAAGUUCGAUAAGCUAGCUGCAAGAAACAUACUUCACUUACAAGCCCAGCUCUUUGCCAUCGAGCGGGAACUAGAAGAUUUAGAUGAUGAUUUGCGGAGAAGUAACGAUCUAGAAGCUCAUCAGUCGCUGAGACGCUGGGAAACUCUAGUAGAGCACGGCAGGGAUCCAAAUAAGAAGGAAAGCAAGUUGGUGCAAAAGCUACAAGAUCUGAAUGCUUUGUUGAAGGAAUACUACGAGACGAUAGUGCUCCAGAUGCAAAUUGCAUCAAUGCGAAAGCCAGACAAGAGACCUAUAGCUGCUUUUCGUAACUUCUUGAAUGGAGCAUCGCCUUCGAAUAAAGCUGCUAGUGCAAUGCCUCUCAUCAGCGGACGAGCGAAAGCGUUUUUGGAAGAUGAGGCUGAUCUGCUCACAUUGACGAAGCCGAUGGAGGAGGACUAUCUCUCGCGCUUCCUGCAAGACCACUGGCUCUUUCGCAAACGCAGCUCGACCGAUCCUCUCGACCGCACGACGAUCCACAAGAACUCACAUGUUAUCCGAACAGUCGCGGCCCUCGACAUGGUGCUAGCUGCAAUGCUGCUCAUCGGUGCAAUCGUAAAUCUCUAUCUCGUUCCGGAUUCAAAAGCGAAGCUAGGCCUCGUAGCCAUGUAUACACUGCUGUUUGCCUCCAGCAUGGCACUGUGCACGAAUGCUCGACGGCCCGAAGUUUUCGCAGCGACAGCGGCGUACGCGGCUGUACUCGUGGUCUUCGUGUCCAGGUUGAGGGCAAUCCCCGUUCACGACAUCAUCACCUGGCGAGACAACAGCACGCUGGCCGUGGAUCAGGAGAGAAGGGUGACCUAA